CACGACAGCUCACGACCCCGGCCAGCGCGCCAGCGGGAGAGAAAAAAAAAACCAGGCCGGAAGUGCGUCAUCAACCCACGCCUACUCCGGACAGAGACAUACAAAAGCCGGGACCGUCGUGGGUCUCUCCAUGCGCAUCUCCGCCUCGCAGCGUUUAUAAUGCUGGAAACAGCGCGCAUGAGAUUCUGGGAUUUGUAGGCGACUCAGGGUCCACGGUCCAGGCAACGGACAGGAAAGGAAUCAAACUCGGGACUACGAGCAAUCCCCGAAUGCAUUGCGCCACGUGGACGCCAUUUUUGUAGUUCUCCGAUACAAUCCCGGAAGUCCUUGCUCCGAAGCCAUGUUUGUAGUUCUCAGGCUGGUGGGUCUCUGAGGCGAUGUAUCUUGGACCAUUGGGACUUCCGUGACCAGCAAGAGCUCCGAAGUGAGAAACGAAGGGAUAAAGGUCUGUUUAGAUUAAACCAGAAGAAAAUGAUGUGGUGACCGUUUCUGAGCCCAGCUAUUCGAUACGGAAUGCAGUGUAUGCAGUGUCCCAUGCCCUCCAUAAAAUGCUGCUGAGCAAAAUUGAAAUGGGACCUAAAGAAGACAGAAACAUGGACUGGCUUCUUCCAUGCCAGAGUAUAUUGACCUACAAUGAUGUGCAUGUGAACUUCACUGGAGAGGAGUGGGCUUUGCUGGAUCCUUCCCAGAGGAAUCUCUACAAAGAUGUAAUGCUGGAGACCUACAGGAACCUCACUGCUAUAGGCUACAAUUGGGAAAGUCAUAAUAUAGAAGAGCAUUGUCAAAGUCCUAAAAGACACACAAGGUAUGAAAACAAUCAUUGUGCAGACAAACUCCCUGAAGAUACUCAAGAUGAAGUCUUUGCACAUCACAAUAGUCCCCACACAUGUAAAAGUAUGCAUACUGGUGUGGAUCACUAUGAAUGUUGCCAAUAUGGUAAUGCCUUUGCACAUAAAAGUCAUAUCCUAAGACAUAAAAGUAUACAUAUAGGAGAGAAACCUCAUGAAUGUAACCGAUUUGGUAAAGCCUAUGCAUCUAACAGUAGUCUCCUAAGACAUAAAGGAGGAACUCACACUGAAGAAAAACAUUAUGAAUGUAACCAAUGCGGUAAAGACUUUGCACGUAACAGUAGUCUAAUACAUAAAAGAACGCACACUGGAGAGAAACCUUAUGAAUGUAACCAAUGUGGUAAAGCCUUUGCAUUUAAAAAUAAGCUCCUGCGACAUAAAAGAACUCACACUGGAGAAAAACCUUAUGAAUGUAACCAAUGUGGUAAAGCCUUUGCACAGAACAUUAAUCUCAUUGUUCAUAAAAGAGCUCACACUGGAGAGAAACCUUUUGAAUGUAACCAAUGUGGUAAAGCCUUUGCAGAUAACAAUGUUCUCCGAAGGCAUAAAAAUCUAUGUUGCAGAAAAUUCUUAUGAAUAUAGCUAAUGUCAUGAAGUCUUUUCAUGUAAGACUUAUCUUGAAGAAGAACACAUAUUGGAGUGAAACCCUGUAAAUAUAAACAAUGUGUUCAAAAGUUUGCAUGCCUUAAUAAUCUCUAUGUACAUAGAAGAAGCACACUGGAUAGAAACUUUAUGAAUGUAACCAAUGUGAUAAAGCAUUUUGACAUAAUAGUAUUCUCCUAUGACAUGAAGAACACAUACUAGAGAGAAAUCUUAUGAAUGUAACUAAGGUGGUAAAGCCUUUGCAUGUAACAGUAGUCUCCUAAUACAAACAAAAGAACUCACACUGGAGAGAACUCUUAUGGAUGUAAUCAAUGUGUGAAAGCCUUUGUAUGUAACAGUCAUCUCCUAAUACAUAAAAGAGCUCACACUUGAGAGAAAACUUAUUAAUGUUUCCUUUGUGGUAAAGCCUUUUCACAUAACUGUCAUCUCCUAAUAAAAACGUGCUGUUCACAAUCAU